AUGACCGAUGCGAUCAUGUGGUGUACUGGACUUGUCGAAUUCCAUGCUGGUACGAGUGCUCCUAGCGAUGUGGAUGACGAGGUGCUUUAUACCAGACAGUUGAUGGAAGAGCUGAACGAGUGUCCUAAGGCAAUACGACGCACGAUAAAUAGGGCUCUCCACGAUAUUAUGCAUCCAGACCAGUGUGGGUUCAAACAACUCGAGGAGGUCAAGAGAAGGAAGGGGCGGCCUAAGGGGGCUAAAUCAAAGAAAAAAGCAGAGGCCAACACUCUUGCCCAUGAACAAUCCCCACAGAAAAAAAGCAACACCUAA